AUGGCGACGGCGAACAUGCGCAAGGAGGCACUGGAGCUGCUCCAGCAGUACGCGAUCGAUCUAAAAGACUUCACAAAGGCCCGAGCGCGGUACACCACUGUCAUACAGGAGGAGCUCAUUCCACUUCCUCAAGAGGAGAGUAACGGUGAUGUGCUCGCUGCUACAAGGGCUGCGCAGGAGCAGGUGCGCGCGGCCUGGGAAGAGUACAUCACCUCUGUGCAGCAGUACUUCAACCGUAUUCUCCGGUCCACCCUUCGAGACCUGCUGGAUUCUGGAGGCUCUAUCGCGACAGCCUCAACCAUCGCUUCCACAAGCGACGUCCUGAUGACCGCAAGUUCAAAGGAUCGUCUGGAGGCAACUCUCGGCCCUCACGUCGCUACCACCUCGACUGGGAGUCUCGACCCUGGGUGGCUGUCGCUGGGCGCGAGUCUAGUGAACAUUCCCGUGGCGGGUGGCGGUGGCAGCGUCGGUGGUGAUGCGUUGGCCCAACUCCGCAGGCGCGCUGAGCGUAUGAGCGACUUCUGCGCAUUUUGCGAGAAGUGGUACGUAGGCAACGAGGCGGUGUUCGAGUUGCCGGAGUCGGAGGCUCUGGCAGCCUUCGCGGCAUCUUCUGUGGCGUCUGUGAGUCGCCUUCUGCGCCUGCUGGGCAUGCGAAUGACAUGCGUGUGCGCCGGCAGCAGCCGCUUCUUGCGCAGCUUCAUAGAGGAUGGUGAGGCGGUGCGCUGGGUCGCCUUCUGCGGUGACCGUGGACUGAACGCGGAGGUGGAUGCGUUGCUGUCACUUAUGGAUCGCUUGAUCCAGCUCAACAUCAUCGACUCCAAGGCCUACCCGCGGGUGCCGUUUGGCUGGUUCUAUCGGCUAAGUUCCCUCUUGGAGCACCCCGACUCAGUCGCCAGCGCCUCACCAAAGCGGUGCAGCGUCGCCGUCCGCAUCGCUCUUCAGCUUCUCCGCCAUGAACCGGACCGAGCAACGGCGGCGGGACUUCACAGUAUCCUGCUGAAAGCGUGCAUUGAGGCGAACGGCUGCGUCACCCCAGACGAGGCGCAGCAGGUAAUGCGGACCUUUCUGAACCUAUUCGACGACCCCAGCACGCGCCAGUACCUCAAGCCGACAGAUCUGCGCACCAUCUUCGCUCCUUUCCUGUCCACCACUGAGUCCGGCGGAGCGGCCCUCUUGACAAUGCAAAACAACGCCAAGGACCUCAUUGUGGCCGUCUUUUCGACCUGGGUAGGGAACUUGUGGAUUAGCUCCGAGGUGACGGGGCUGCGCUCCAUCAUUGACGUCCUGCACCUGCCGGGGUCACUCGACACGAAGAUGGUCAUCAUCACCCUCUUCAACAAGCUGCUUACACGCCUCGCACCACACCGCGGGAUCGUUCCCAUGGAUACCUGGAAGGGUUUUGAGGAGGACCGCCUGCGCAAGGCCACCCGUGAUGCUAAGGAGGAGCAGACCAUAGAGGGGAGCGAUGGCGGCGGCGAAGGAAGUGGCGGUGACGUAUCCAACGACACGCAGUGCCUAAACAACAACAGCUUCAUGUACGACCUCUUCCUGGCCGACUCCACCGGCGACGCGGCCCUCUUCGACGAUUUCGUUCCGACCACUAAGGCUCUUGGCUACCACGUCAUGGACCCUUUACUGGGGCGUGUUCUCAUCUGCCUCAACUACCACGGACUUCCUUACGCCCUUACGCAGCUCGUGCAGGUUGUGAACAAGAACCGAGUCAUCACGGCGGCCGCGUCGAGACUCUUGCAAGAUAUCUUCGUACUGAUGGACACGGUACUGCCGCAGGUGAUCGUGUUUAAGUUACACGAGGCUUUCAACAAAGCUGCCGGCCACCUCACCAACGACGGCAGCCUGUUUGUUGGUGGUCUCACCUCGCAGCUGUUCCGGAACUACAAGAAGAGCAGUGGUAUCGGCGUGAGUGAUGCCAUGGUUCCAGUAGUGCCAACCAACACGGCGCAGAUGCCAAGCACUGUCCUGAACACACCCGGCACGUUGGACGUCGACGAUCCAACUUUCACCACGAUGCUGCAUGAUUGCAAGGUGGAUCGGUCGAAGAGCUGCCACACGUGGAACUUUGACAUCUUAGUAACGCUAGUGCAGGGCCCACUGCGCUUGCCACGGCGAUUUCGUGCCGCACGAGAGCUGGUAGAGAGCCUCGUGCUUUUCUUCACCCCGUCUUCAGGGUCCAGCACACCGCAGAUUUGCAGCACCUUCAGCGCUCUGCCGCCUGACACGGUUUCCCCGCAGGUGUGCAUGGUGGGAGUUGAGUUGAUCGAUCUUAUACUGAGCUCCCGCGACGGUGCGGUGCUGCUUGAACGCAUGGGCUUCGUAGCCGCCGUGGCAGCAAUGCUGAAGGAGGUGCGCAUUGGCAAGCCCGUCGUACUGCGGCGCGCUGUGGUCAACGCAUGCAUCGGUCGGUCGCUGCUGCGCAUAACUGGUCGCCUGUCCGCGCAUGCCAAUGGCCUGCUGCUCAUGCGAGACCACGGUAUCUUCUCGCUCGUGGACAGCAUGUUCUCGAAGCUGAAGGGCCCUCGGUUGGAGAGCCCGGCCGAGGAGGACACCCUCCACGACGUGUGCUACCAGCUCCUGCAGUGCUUGUACCUUGGUGCGGUGCCGAACUACGGCGUCUGCAAAGACAUCCGGCAUACCUUCCGUGCGGCGCUGGGCAACCCAAGCAACUCGAUCCGCCUCUGCGCAGCGCAGCAGCUGAAGAAGGCUGUUUGGCGUGACUUGUCUACUUCCAUGAAGUGGGGGAUCAAAACACUGCUGCAGUCGCUCCACGACAACUUCUUCAGCGUCGUUCAAAGCGCCUUCAAGUUACUACUGAGCAUCUGUCUCUGCUCUGACGAGGGCCUGGACUACUUGAUCGAGUGCUUCCCAACAGUGUUGAUGGAGAGCGAGGUGAUCCUCAGCCACGCAAAGCAGCUGCGGCUCAACGUGCUGCUCUACCGGAUCGCCAGUCGUCCGUCGGGCUUUCGAUUUCUACAGUGCUACGGCUGGCUGGAGAAGGAGCUGCACCGGUGGGAGGAGUCUGAGUCGGUGCAGUACACCAUCAUGUUGGAACGCUUGCAGGGUAGCGACGGCAGUUCUGCGGUUGCAGGGGGGCGGGGCGGCGCGGGCAGUAUGGUCAUGCCCUCCACCAGCGAUCCGUCUUGCCGGCAAAGCCAAUCCUUCUCGGACACUCUCAGUGUCAUGUACGGCCGCAUGGCGGGCAGUACGCCAUACUUGUCGUUGCUGACCGCCGCAGACGCCUCGGGCACAAAGUUCUUCCCCGUACACUUUGCUUCCGUCUUGUGUAGCUCUGUGGAGGGCUGCGCGAUGUUCAAGCACAGUAAGCUGUGGACGCGCUCUGUGCAGCGCUUGCUGGAGCAGCCACUCCCACCGGAUGUCGUCUUUGAUGACUCCCUCAGCGACGAGGACGACUCCUCAUCGAACGACAGCAGCGACGACGAAUUUGGCGUGACGACCGACGCGACUCGGUACAUGUAUCAGCAGCAGCAAGCCCAGCAAUGGCAGCAGCAGCAGCAGAUGCACCCGGGCAUGAAUACGGCCUACUACAGCAGUGGGAUAGGCGGCGUAGGGGGCACGUCGGUUCCAGCCCUUGGCGCCCUCGCCAACUCCGCGAAUGUGCCACGCUUCAGCGUUGCAGGCGACUAUCUGGUCAACUCUAUGAGCAUGACCCAUCGCGCACGAGAUGGGCCGCGCGGCGGACCGAGCACCUCCCUUGGCAACAACAAUAUCGUGGGUGGGGUGAGCGGCAACGCCGGCGCGGCCAAUGGGAACUUCAACGGUGGCUUCGGCGGCGUUGACAAGUCAACCAUUGCCACGACAAAGGAGAUCGAGAUGCUCAAGAAGGGCUACUUCUCUGCGCCUUCGUCGAAAAUGAUUUCAGCCUCGCGCUUCUGCAAAUCAUCCUGCCAGUCCUUCUCUCUAGACUGUGUGGGCGACAUUGUCGCCUUGAAGGACGCCAUUUUGUGCAUUGCAGAGGUCGGAUCGACGGAGGUGGGCUACGGCAUGCUGCUCUCUGUGCCCGGCCUGCAGCGGCGCUUUAUCGCUCUCUCUCGCUUUGCUUCCACAAUCUCGGUGCGCUGCAUGGCGCUUCUCGGAAGCGCGAUUCUAGCUCGCUCGCGGCGUGGCGGUGACGACCUAGUGAAGAAGGGGUACUCGGUGGUGCUGAACCCGAACGCGUACGUCAGCGCAGAGGGCAUCCCAUACUCGGUGGCCUUUGCUCAACUGAAGACGUCCAAGUGGGUCUCCAUUGCCUGCAGGGCUGCAGUCAGCAAUACGACGGCCCGCCACGCUCACGCGGACUCCAAUGUGUUCGCCAGCACACAGGAAAUACCACAGCGCAUCCUAGACAACGUGUACGCCUUGUCGAACCCAGUCAGCUGUGAAAACGCCAAGAAGAUGCUGUACAAGAUCAUGAAGAGGAGGCCGCAGGUCUUUCUCCAACCGCAGGUGCGGCGCCUCUGCCUGGAUGUUGGCUUCACCUAUCGUAUGCACUACAAGGAGCGCCGCUUUCUCGCCGACUUGCUGGAGAAUGCGCAGCUCAACGCUGGCACUUCAACAAACACAAGGCACUUGCGAAUGCCACUCCUUAGGGCCUCUUCCUAG